AUGCUGAAUGCAAUGUGCACACUUAGUGAUGGUUUGUCCGGACCGAGCGGAAAUAGAACGCCAAGGAGCAUGAGCCGGCCUGAUCGUAAGCUUGAUAACGCAUGCCAUCUUCACGCUCGUCCUCUGCGCGAGCUGCCGCUGCUACUUUCAGUACGGUGUCAUGGUCGCUUCAUGCUUUCUCCUAUUCUCAUUUUCUUCAUUUUUCCGCUGAAGAAGGCAAAAAUACCCCUCGAAUCACAUUUUGGACGUUUUUGCUGA